AUGGCAGCAGACGCGAGAGACGAGAGAACACCACUGCUCAAUGGGACGAGCAACGGCCACCAGAAUGGAACCAUCACCGAGUCAAACGGCACAGGCAAUGGCAAUGGAAGCGUCAGGGACCAGGACGCCGCCGAGGCCAAGAAAGCGGAAUCAUGGGUCACCCGGGUCUUCGGCCCUCCAAAUACAAUCAAAGUCCUCCUCGCCGGCUUCAUCAUAACCUUCGCAUUCAGCUUCACCCAGGUGCCAAUUUUCUACGUCUUUCAUCUCAUGGAAUGCGACGUUUACUACGAGACGCACCCACCAUACACCGGAACGGGAGACCGAUGUUCCAUCAACGAAAUAGCCGCUGGGACGGCAACUCAGUUCUCUAUUCUCGGCAUGAGCACGACCUUCUGCGGAACAUUGAACCUCUUUGUCACGGGCUGGUCAAUUAAGAAGUGGGGUCCACGCCGCGCUCUUUUGGGGCAGACAUUCAUCCCCGCCAUCAGGGUUGCUACACAGGUCAUUGGAGUACUGGCCGGAGGAAACGCGGGGAUCACCAUCAUCCAAACGACGCAACUCAUCACGAUACUCGGAGGACCUGCUGGAUACAUUCUCGUCGUAAACACCAUCGCAGGGGAGCUGGUCGAGCCUAUGCAGCGUACUGCAGUGUUUGGCCAGCUCCAGGCGUGCAUCAUGCUGGGUCAGGCAAUCAGUUACCUUCUUGGUGGAAUGGUCGGCGACACAUUUGGCAUCAGGAUGCCGUUCCAGGUUGCGUUUGUCCUAUUCUUACUCGCAACGCUUUACUCCGCCACAGUAAUUCCCUAUAUUUCGCCCGAGUCUCUCUCGGAUGGAAAGAAGUCUGCCCCGAAAGGGAUAAGGGGCUUCCUGGCACCACUCAAGAUCAUGGCUCCACAACGCAUACGGUUCAUGGACGGCCAUGUUGCAAAGCAUUUUGGGGUCUUUUUCCUGUGCUGCGGUAUUUUCUUAGCCGUGUUGGCAACUAGUUACGGCCCUCUACUGAUCCAGAUGUAUGCGACCGCAUACUUCGACUUCAAUCAGGCCGACAAUGGGUGGUUGAUGAGCGGGAACGCAUUAUGCAGAAGCGUUUUUCUCUUCUUCGUGUUUCCUAGGAUCAUCGAUGCAGGGAGAGACUGGUGGGUCAAGAAGACCGACCGUCCUGGGCCCACCCCGGCACAAACAAAACUCUCGCCGGAUCAAGAUGGAACCUCAGGGGACCCGAAUACAUUAUCUCGAAUACCAUCCCGGCCGGAACAGCUUGAGGCGCCGAUGUGGUCCGGCAAUCAGAUGUCGCAGGAGGAGUCCAUGCCGCAACCGGAGUCGCGCCCCGAAGACGACCGGACCGCAAGUCAUUUCGAUCUCUUCUUCCUUCGAUGGAGCCUCUUGCUUGAUGGAUUGAUGACUGGUGCUGCUGCCCUAUGUACGAAGAGAUGGCACAUCUUUCUCGCUUCAUUCCUGCUCCCAUUGGGAUCCGGCUCUGCCCCAGCAGCGAAAGGCGUCAUCACCGAGAUGUGCUCGCAUGGCGACCGUACCGACGCACUCAAUGCAGUCACACUCGUCGAGAACAUCGCAAGGCUAGCGACGCAAGGUCUCUUUGGCUUCAUUUUCUCCGCACUUGCGGAGGUUGGAAAGGCCCACAUGACGUUCCAUGUCAAUGCCGCUAUCGCGAUUGUGGGCAUGGCAGUGCUGUACUUGUCACACUUCCCUCCCCCGAACACAACGAUCUUGGAGGAAUUUGACGCAGAUGAUGCUGAAGCGUCUGGGGAUGAUGAUGCUCCGAAUCUGGCCAGAGUCACGUCGCAUGAGACGGAUCGAUAG